AGCGAUUAUUAUUUUUUUUUCACCCCGUUUUACCUUGCCGCGACUAUGGUUUGGACGUUACGUCCGUCAAGAAGACGUUAAAAAUGUUAUUCAACGGUAGGUAAUAUAUUAUUAUCAUUCUAUCCUAUUGUAUGGAUAUAAUAGCGGUCGCGCGCGGGGGAUAAACGUCGUGUGCGCAAACAGCCGAAACGUCGUAUUAUUAUUAUUAUUAUUAUUAUAUUGUAUACUUCGUCGUCGUACAACAACGAUGUAAUUACGCGUAUAUAAGAAGAAAAAAAAAGAAAACACGAAAGUAUUGUGUUUCGUGCUCUGGACGGAAAAAAAGAAAACGCACGGGCGGCAGCAGGGAAAAGCGAUUAUUAGUCGUCGUGUCGCGCGGGGGACCGCGGGAGGUCGCGCUUAGUGGAUUUUUAACGUUUUGGAAAUUUUCAUCGUAAAACCUUAUGGGCCCCGAAAACGGGCGCGUUCGGCGAGUGACUUUUACAUUUAUUUGCGACCAUAACGCACUCCCGCGACGUCGACGACCGUAAUAAUACGCAUUAUACGUAACCGUUAUCAUUACGAUUAUUGCCAUUGCGAUCAUUGCACCAGCGCACAGUCCACGCAUAUCGUCGUUGUUAUAUUACACUGACCGUCCGGGGCCGUAAUUGGGUUUCAACACUUUGCGACCCACUGCCCCACACCGACUGGCGGGCGACGACGGUCAACCAGCAUACCAGCCGCCGCAUCAUGGUCCAAAGGUUGGGAGGAGGUUCGGUAUUAUGGUUUGUCGCGGUCGUCGCAAUGUCGACCGGCUCGGAAUCACUUCAAUCUGCUGGCCACGCGAACCACAUCGGAAGUUUAAAGCCUUCGGCGUCGUCGUUGGUCGGCGACACCAUGUCCUCGACGAACGAAGUUCCGUUUGACUGGUCUUCCGAUUACGAGAUGGCUGUCGUCUACAUCACGUCCGCUUGGACCGAAUUCGGCGAUGUACGUUCGUGCGACGCACCCCUGGGCAUUAUCGCCGAAAACGGAUUUCUCAAUUACUGCGUGAGGUUCAAGACCAAGUUGGCCGCUUGGGCUAAGUCCUUACAAGACAGGCCUGACGUGAGUGAAACGGUGAAAAACGCCGUUACCAGCUGGUAUAGAGCCAUCGACACACUGUCGCAGGACAAUUGGAAUCUUCCCGACGCGCUCACUUUGGAGUCGUUCAGAAAACAGUUCAUGACCGCAUACAAGCACUUGGUGCUCAACGGUGCCGAAAUUUACGAAAAAUCGGAUUCCGAAAUCGUGAAACGGGACGUGGACGGAUUCACGAGAGACGUUGCCGAUAUGAUGAUCGGGACACUCAAAGGAAUUUUGAAACAAGUCCGAAGCAUUCCCGAGAAACGCGACACGGAAUAUUAACAGUUCAUAGUUUAUGCAGUGUGCUAAGUGCGUCAGUUUCACUUCUGUGCUCCGUACGUGUGUAACGAGAAAAUAUUUUACAUUAUAUGUACCUUUUAAGGUAUAUUUACUUUGACUUUUUUUUGGCAUUGGCGCGUAUUCGUAUAUGUCACGCGUUCAACUAAAUAUAUUUAUAAUAUAGUAGAUACGCCAAUAAACGUAUAUAAUGCCAACGAUCGAAAUUGAUUCAUAAAAUUAAAUAUUGAGAAAUAAUGAAAAUAUAA